AUGGCUUCCAUUCUGGAUCUGGUCAUCAUGGUUUUGGCUGCCGCCAUGACUGCGAUGCUUUUUCCAGCGUCGUUGCUUCUUUGCUCUCUCUAUCUCGCCGUUACAUAUGCGUUUUGUUUGGUCUCUGUCUGGAUCCGCCCCCUUCUGGACUACAUCUUUACGCACUUUGCAGGCUGGAUCCGUCCCCCUCCGGCUAGGAAGCCGCCAGCUAAGAAGGCCAGGUUCGCGCGACCAUCGGUGCACGUAGGCCACCCGACUUGGCUGAGGACCUCCGACAAUCCCAAGUUCGCCCGCCCGACAAUUAUCGUGGCGAACUCCACGUAUGAGCAGGUCAUCGUGGACAUGGAGAGGCUCACCAGUCGUCAUGUGAAGAUAAGUGGUCCCGCUAAUCUGGCUAAUCAGGCUGUAGUUACCGGACAAGCCUCCCAGUGUUCUGGCAAGUGGCUCGAGCUGCGUAGGCCAGUCGCGGGACUCGGCGCGGUAGCUAUGCUUGUCACAGUGGCGAGCGACCUAUUCGCCCUUAGCCGGAUCGGUUUUGUCGGCACGUGGCUUGGUCUCAAGCUGCGUAGCCUGAUUCACCGAAUCGGAUAUUUGGGUUUUGAACUGCUUCUCUCGGCGGUCGAUGUUUGGUGA